AUGCAUUUUUUCAAUUUACUAGUUUUAUGUCUAAUUCCAGUCAGUACUUCCCUUAGAUUAGGAACACGAUUCACCGAUCAUGAAGUCGUCAUUGACAUGGGUCAGAGAGUUAGUACUGUCAGCAAGAGCUAUUUGUCAUCCGCUUUCACUAUAGAAACAAUCCAGGAACACUGGCGGCAUUUCAACUUCAGUUCAGAGCGACCCUUCACUCUUUUGCAAGGACUGUCACCUAUGUAUGUAAGGUUUGGAGGCACGGCGUCUUGCUGGAUGCAUUUUAAGAAGGAUAAAGCUCUUGAGCAUAAAAACUUCACUGAUUUCACAAUCACGCCAGACGACCUCGAGAGAAUUGCUAUGAUUGGAAAUAAGGGCGGUGUUGAUGUGUUGUUUGGGUUAAACGCAUGUCUUCGUAACUCCGAUGGUACAUGGAAUUAUACAAACCCCCUGGAAAUACUCAAAUAUAUUGCUUCCCAAGGCUAUGACUUCGGAUGGGAACUUGGAAAUGAGCCUAACCACCUCAGUAAGUUCAACAGAUCCAUACCUGCCGUUAAUCUUGCUCAUGACUUCAUUACUCUUCGCAAGAUUCUUGACAAAAAUCCUGACUACGGACAUAUUCUUGUGGGCCCAGAUGUGACAAGACCGAUAAAUAAGAUCAAUACUCCUUCUCAGCAAUAUUUGGAAAGUUUCCUUUCUGUUGCUCGUGGCUCAGUUGAUGCAGUCACAUGGCACCAGUAUUACUUUGAUAAAAGGACAUGUGAAGUCAAGAAUUUCUAUGACCCCAAAAUUCUUGACUAUAUGUUGAUUCAGCUCCACCUUAUAAAAGACUUACUUGCUGAAUAUGCACCUGACAAGCGGCCAUGGAUGGGAGAGACAGACAGCGCAUGGGGGGGUGGUGCAGAGGGGAUGUCUGACAGAUAUGUAGCUGGAUUUACGUGGCUGGACAAAUUGGGUAUGGCUGCUCGACUUGGUACUGAAGUUGUCAUCAGGCAAAGCUUCUUUCAUGGACACUAUGCACUGAUAAACGAUGAUCUUUAUCCGAACCCGGAUUACUGGCUGUCAUUGUUACAUAAGAGGUUGGUUGGCCAAGAAGUUCUUAAUGUGCAGAACAGUCUUGAUGAGGGCAGAGUCGUGAGGGUCUACGCACAUUGCACAAACACUGGUUUAGGCCAAUAUCAAGUGGGGUCCAUUACUGUGAUGGCCAUCAACUUGAACACACAUGAUACUGUCAUUUUGAGGCUGACGGGGGAACUAAGUGGGUUUCCUGUGGAUCAGUAUUUGCUAACCCCUGGCGACAAGGAUAUCACAUCCGGAAAUGUUAAACUGAAUGGUGAAGUUCUGGAGAUGAUAGAUGAUGUUACCUUUCCCAACCUCAAACCGCUAUCUAUUCCAACUGGUGAAAUUACACUACCACCUCUAACCUUUGGGUUUUGGGUUGUGCCAGACGCUAAAGCAGCCGCAUGUAUGUGAGAUAUACUAACAAUAAAAUAAUUAAUAAAUGAAAAAAAUGCAUGUAUCUGAGAUAUACUAACAAUACAAUAAUUAAUAAAUGAAAAAAAAUGCAUGUAUCUGAGAUAUACUAACAAUAAAAUAAUUAAUAAAU